CUUCAAUGUCCACUUCAAUGUGAAGGACACAUUAAGAUACCCAUUAUGAACGCACUUUUGAAAGCGGGAAAGGUGUCCCUCUUAUACACAGGCUUUAACUCCACAGAAGACACGAUAAAAUGUAUCUUAGAGGACUCUACAGGUCAGAGCAUCAUAUUAUUCGACUGUGGAGUACCAAGGAUAUCAAUUGAUGUACUGGCAUCUGGCUUAAGGGACGAGAUACUGAACAAUGUACGAUAUUCUCAGUGUUUUGAUCUGGAAGGCUUGAAACAGUCAGUUGAUGAUGUACAUGAUGACGUCCGUGUACUGGUCUUAGUGAACGUUAAGCAGUGCCUCAACAGGGAUAAAGUCACAGACUUUAAUGCUUCACACAAAAUCUUGAACUCCACAAUGAUGAAAUGCCGAAGACUUUGUAUAUCAAGUAACAUCACAUUGGUCAUUGUGGAACAAGAGAGAGAUUACAGAAGUACUUCGAACAUACUGAAAUACUACGCUGACAUCACAAUGAUUACGAAAAAUGUCGCCAUGAACUCUUUUGAGCCAGUUGUUGUCGUUGACGGUAAGGGUCACCUUUUGGGUCGUCUUGCAUCUAUUGUUGCUAAGCAACUCUUGGAAGGUCAGAAGGUUGUUGUCGUCCGUUGUGAGGCACUCAACGUUUCUGGUGAAUUCUUCAGAACCAAGUUGAAAUACCAUGACUACUUGAGAAAGGGUACUCGUUUCAACAAGACCAGAGGUCCAUUCCACUUCAGAGCCCCAUCCCGUAUCUUCUACAAGGCUAUCAGAGGUAUGGUUUCCCACAAGACUGCUCGUGGUAAGGCUGCUUUGGAGAGACUCAAAGUCUUCGAGGGUGUUCCACCACCAUAUGACAAGAAGAAGAGAGUUGUCGUUCCACAAGCUUUGAGAGUCUUGAGAUUGAAGCAAGGUAGAAAGUACACCACUCUCGGUGACUUGUCCGCCUCUGUUGGUUGGAAGUACAGCGAUGUCGUUUCCAAGUUGGAGGACAAGAGAAGAGUUAGAGCUGCUGAGUACUAUGCUAAGAAGAAAGCUGCUACCAAGAAGGUUGAGGCUGCUAAGGCUUCCCAAGCUGAUUCUAAGGUGACCAAGGAAUUGGCUGCCCUUGGUUACUAA